UGGAAGACUUCCUUCGAGCAACUUUACUCUCCAUGUUUAGCUUGAUACGACACCAGUGGAUAACCAAAACGUAUUCUCCGUUCUCACCACCCCAAGAGAGAAACUCAUGGAGAAGAAAAAGAAACUGAGGACAAACACUUCCGAGUACAUCGGCGAUAACUACGGAACUCCUGUGGAGACGGUCCAAGAAGGAUGGCUUUAGACCAAUUGUGUGAUGUUGUCCAAAGAUGUCAAACAAUCAAAAAUGAUUCGUAUACCCCAGAUGAUUAUGAUCUUUUCCAGUCUUCUGCUAGAAAGUGUAUAGAAGAUGGUGACAUUGCACAGGUUCUAAGCAUUAUUGUGGAUGAGAGAAACAAGUACAUAGUGCGAUGUAUGGGCUGGAAUCUUGUGGGCCCACUUGUGCAGGUUCGGCUGAAGAAUGAAGAAAAGGAUCUAUCUCAUAGUCAUGCCAUUCUCACACAUCUGCUGGAGAUUUGCAGUUCCAAGGAGCUUCUGGUUAGUUUGCUGGAGCAGGUGGAGGCAGCCAACCAAGAUGCCAUCACAGAAACUGUGACGUUUUUGCUGCAGCCCCUACAGAAAGUGCUGUUGAAUUUUGGCAGGAAGAAGGCUGCCUUCCUAGGCAUGACACUUUCAACAUUGUUGGACCAGAUUGCUCGACUCCCAGUGUCCUCAAUGACAGAGCAGCAGGAGGAUGCAGCAGGCUUGUGCCGAUGGUGCUCUGGGCUUCUGUGGUUUGUAAAACCCUUUGUAGAAGAAGCCAAACACAAUCAUCACAGUGGAGUUGUCCAUGAUGAGGAGCUAAGAAUUGAAAUCCUGAAGUUCUGCAUGAAGAGUUUGAAAGAGCCUCUUCUGGGGGUACAGUUCACUGAUCCUGACCAACUGGCCAAAUCUUUUCUUCACGAGUUUUCAAGAGAGAUCUUGGUCAUCCUCUAUGGGAUUGGGGAACCUCUUCCAGAACUUUUGUGCCAUAAAUUGCUUAAGAAGCGUGAUGUUCCUGGGUUCCUUGAAGAGGAAGUCAGAUACCCUAAGGAGUCAUUGGCCAACAUUGCAUACCUACUAUUUGUGCACCACAUUGGCAUAGAAACAUUCCCUGUUGUUCUAAGCCCAGUUUUCAUUCUACAGUGUAACAUGGAAUAUGUCGAGCUCCUGCUUUGUAGAACAGAGGAAUCUCAUCUUCAGAGAGGGCUGGAUUUGUAUGAAAAAAGUCUGAUCAGAGUAGAGGACAACAGUUUGUCAGUGGAGCUUUUGGAGCUGAAAACCUUUGUCAGUGUUCCACAGAAUUUGGUGAAAGUUAUGACGCAGUGUCCGGUCCACCGUUUGAGAAGUAAAGGACUGUCUGUGUUCCAGUUGAGCAUCAACAAAUUUAACAUUGAGGCCAAAUACAAGUUUCUUAGAUGCAUGUUUAAGACAAGUCACCACUCUGGAGUAGAAGGUGUAAUCACCAAGAACAUAAAAAAUCUGGUGGACUUCUCCUUAAAGCCAGGAAACGAGAACAUUUGGUUUCAAGGAAUCCAUUUUCUGCCUUUACUGCGUCUGGUCCUGUGCCUUCCACAGGGUCCUGAAACAGAUUUGUUGCAGAACCUGGACAGGAUAAUGGAAUCCCUAAACCUUCUGAGAUAUUUGCUAAUAAGAGACAAAGAAUGUGACAAUGAGACAGGGAUAUGGUUGGAGGUGAACACCAUUCAUGACCGCUUCCUGAAGCCAUUACGCCUGGGAUUGAAUAUGUCUAAGGCUCAUUAUCAGGCACAACUGAACAAUACUCAAGUAAAGAACACAAACAAAGAAAAUGACUCAGGAGCCGUCUGCACAAUAACCGUGGGAAAUGAGAUUCUACCAAAUCUUACACCAGAACUACAGAGUCAGGCUCUUCAUUCGGCCUUGUUUACAUUUGAAUUGAUUGAGAGUGUCCUGGUGAGAAUCGAAGAGAUUAUGGAGACCAUACCUUAAACUGUGGAAAGGGACAAAGGCCAAGAAUCACAAUUAUGACUAUUUGAUUCAGGUAUCUGGAAUGGAACAGCAUUGUUAAAAUAAAUAAAUAAUAAAAAAUGUGUUGUGUUUUGUUGUACACUUAAA